UUUAUACAACACGACAAAACUCAAAACAGCUCAUCCAUGUCUACAGAUUUAUUUUAAAGAUCUAGACUCUAUCUAAAUUGAAGAGAGAUAAAAUAUGGCUAUUUCGGAAUUUUUAAAGCAAUAUUCGAGUAAACUUUCAGGAAUAGCCAGUUUGAUGAUUCUAUCAGGAGUGAUAUUUAUCAUCCUAUUCACAGUGGUGUUUUUUCUUCUUCGGAUCUGGCUAAAAUGGAAAACAAAAUACUUUACUGAUGCAGAUGGAAAAAAGAAAAUAUCAAUAGCUUUUUUCCAUCCCUACUGCAAUGCAGGUGGUGGUGGAGAGAGGGUCUUAUGGGUAGCUGUUCGCUCCAUCCAGAAAAGAUAUCCAGCUGUUCAGUGUGUGAUUUUUACUGGUGAUACUGGUGCUUCACCGGAGGAAAUUUUGGACAGAGCUCGACAGAGAUUUAAUAUUGUUCUGCCACAGAGAGUAGAAUUUGUCUACCUCCACUACCGCAGUUGGGUUGAAGCAGUGAAGUACCCAUACUUCACUUUGCUUGGCCAGAGUAUAGGCUCCGUCUUUCUCGGCUUUGAAGCCCUAUUCUCCUUUGUGCCAGAUAUUUAUAUUGACACCAUGGGCUAUGCAUUCACUCUUCCUUUGUUCAAAUUUGUUGGCGGGUGCAAAGUAGCUUGCUAUGUGCAUUACCCUACAAUAUCUACAGAUAUGUUGAGCAGAGUUUUUCAGCGUGUUGAAGCUCACAAUAAUGCAUCCUUUAUCUCCAAGAGCUUGUUUCUGAGCAACCUCAAGCUUAUUUACUAUAAAUUAUUUGCUUAUCUAUAUGGUGUUGCUGGCAAAAGGUCAAAUGUCAUAAUGGUGAAUUCUACCUGGACCUACAACCACAUAUUAAGUUUGUGGAACGUGCCAUCAAAAACUCACAUUGUUUAUCCUCCAUGCGAUAUUUCUGAAUUUAUGAGCACUCCAUUAGUAAGUGAUGAAAACAAACCAAAACAAAUUUUAUCCCUUGGCCAGUUCCGCCCAGAGAAAGAUCAUCCUCUACAGAUCCAAGCGUUCCACAAAUUUCUGAUGGGAUUAGAUGAAGCAAAGAGAGUAAACUUUAAGCUGGUUUUGGCAGGUAGCUGCAGGAAUGAAGAAGAUGAAAACAGGGUAAAAAACUUGCAACGUCUCUCAAAAGAGCUUCAGAUUGAGAAAAAUGUUGAGUUUCACCUGAAUGUUGCAUUCUCUGAGUUAAAACAGUUACUAGAGCAGUCCCUCAUCAGCAUACACACCAUGUGGAAUGAACAUUUUGGAAUUUGUGUGGUUGAAGGCAUGGCUGCUGGCACAGUGAUGCUAGCUCAUGAUUCUGGAGGUCCAAAGAUGGAUAUUGUAGUUACGUAUGAAGACAAGCCCACUGGGUUUCUAGCUCAUGACGUCGAUUCUUAUUCAUGUGCAAUUAAAGAAAUCUUUGACAUGUCCCCUCAACAGAGGCUGGAGCUGAGACAGAAUGCAAGAAACUCGUUAACUAGGUUUUCAGAAGCGGAGUUUGAAGUUGCUUUCCUGACUCUGUGUGAGCCUUUACUUAGAAGUACUGGCAUUGUUGCUUGAAUAGUGUUAAUGUUUGAUUUGCUAAUAAAACUUGUAUGCACCAUU